CGGAGGCCACGCCCCUCCUCCCCUCUCAUCUCUCUGAUUGGCCCGUGGGGUUUCGCGUCAGCGUCUCAUUUAAGUCCCGCGGCACUUCCUCCUCUGGACACCUCAGAAAAGUUUUUUGGGAGGAAGCAAUCAUGUCCGACCAAGCCGCUUUCGACACCAACGUGGUCACCGUGACCCGCUUCGUCAUGGAGGAGGGCCGGCGGGCCAAGGGGACCGGGGAGCUCACCCGGCUCCUCAACGCGCUGUGCACGGCUGUGAAGGCCAUCUCCAGCGCGGUGCGCAAAGCCGGCAUCGCUCACCUCUACGGCAUCGCAGGCAGCACCAACGUGACGGGCGACCAGGUGAAGAAGCUGGACAUCCUGUCCAACGACCUGGUCAUUAACAUGAUCAAGUCGUCCUUCACCUCCUGCGUGCUGGUGUCGGAGGAGAACGACAAGGCCAUCAUCGUGGACCCCGACACGAGGGGCAAGUACAUCGUGUGUUUCGACCCACUUGAUGGCUCCUCCAAUAUUGACUGCCUGGUCUCCAUAGGAACCAUCUUUGCCAUCUACAAAAAGGCCGUGGAUGAGGAAGAGCCUUGCGAGAAAGACGCCCUGCAGCCCGGCAGGAACCUGGUGGCGGCGGGCUACGCUCUCUACGGCAGCGCGACCAUGAUGGUGCUCUCCACUGGACACGGAGUCAACUGCUUCAUGCUUGAUCCAGCUAUCGGAGAAUUCAUCCUGGUGGACCGGGAUGUGAAGAUCAAAAAGCGGGGCAAGAUCUACAGCUUGAACGAAGGCUACGCCAAAUACUUUGAGCCUGCUGUCACAGAGUAUUUGCACAAUAAGAAGUUUCCUCAGGACGGCACCGAGCCUUACGGCGCCCGAUACAUCGGCUCCAUGGUGGCCGACGUGCACCGGACGCUGAUGUACGGUGGGAUUUUUUUGUAUCCUGGCAACUCAAAGAGCCCCCAGGGAAAGCUGCGUCUGCUCUACGAGGGAAACCCCAUGGCGUUCAUCAUUGAGCAGGCAGGGGGCGCCGCCUCCACGGGCUUCGAGGACAUCCUGGACAUCCAACCGGAGAGCAUCCACCAGCGGGCCCCCGUGGCCAUGGGCUCCGCCGACGACGUCGCAGACUACGUGGCCAUCUGCCGCAAACACGCCGCUAAGGCCAAGUGAGCGUCGCCCCACUUGGCGUCCGUUCUUCAGGGAAGGAGAACUUUCUUGAAUUGCAUUCCCUUUUUCAUUCAAAAUAUGUCUGCGUGAGAUUGAGGUAUUACAUAUGGUACACACUGGGAGUGUAGCUAACUGAAAGACUCUGUGAAGAAAUAGAAACGCCACAAAUAAAAAUGGCGACGUCUGAAUUCAAUGCAGGUGUGGUAAUAAUAUAUUGUUACAAAAAAAAUGGAAACAACACAACCCUUGUUGCUGACAUAUUGAUACAGUAUCAUAACAACACGUUACAGCACAAUAUGAAUAUUUGAUUUCAGUGUAUCAAGACAAUAUUGCAACAAAUAAAGAUUUGACAUUUAGAA